UGCACGACGUUGUCCCCUCAUGACGGAGGGAACACAGGUUAGCCCCCGCCUUCCCUGUUCACCUUGUUCCCCGGCUGGUCUCCUUUGAGUUGAUGGUGUCGCCUCCAAAGGAGGUGUUGUCUUUUCUGUACCUGUGAGUGUUAUGCGGCCUCCUGCCUCCCUCACCAGCCUUCUCCUCCCAUCCACGCUCCCACGAGGGCCCUGUUGUCGUCUGCCCUCCACCCUUGGACUCCUGUCCCAGUGCGAGCAGCCCCUUUGGCGAGGCCUCAGGGGCUGGGCGCACACCCAGCCCUCAGAGCUGUCCACCUCCCCGCUUCUUACUCCACGGCCCCCGCUCCCCCGGGACGCCCCUCUUACCACCGUCUGCUUCUCUGUUUUGCUCUCUGAAACAAAACUGAAUUUCUGGAGAAUUUGCUUGUUUUUAUAUUUUAAGGCUGUGCCUGGCCUACAGUAAGAAUUCAGUAAAUACUUAUUUACACCUCUCUGCCCCCACAUACCCUUCCUCCCUUUCGGUGGGUUCUUAUAUGGUACUUGGCAUGUAGUAAUGAAUAAGCAGGUGUUUGUCAGUAAACGCAUGAAGAAAGGAGUGAGGUGCGGAAGGUGGAAGAAGCCCUGCUCUCACAUCCCCACGUCCUGGAUGACGCGCGUACCAGCUGACCCACUGGUCCUCGCCCUCCCUGCCCCUGUCCGCUCUUCUGCAGACGUCGUUAGGGGCUCUGUGUGCCACUGGGAAUACAGUGGUGAACGCGCCAUUUCCUUCCCUUUGUCCUCUCAUCUCACCCUUCUUUCCUGUCCCCUCCUUCCAAAUAGCAGACUCCUGACACUGCCCCACCCCUGAGUACCCAACAUCCUCCUGGGCACCUUGAACCCAGAGAAGUGUUUGCUACUUUCAGCCUCCCUGGUGACUCUGACUUCUGGAAGAAAGGCACUCCCAGCUUCCGGGGACUUCUCACGGGACAGGCAUUUGCCUGCUGCAGUUUGAGAUGUUGUCAGUGGGCCAGGGGCAAGAUGGAGACCCUGAAAGACAAGACCCUGGAGGAGCUGGAGGCCAUGCAGAAUGACCCGGAAGCCAUUGACCGGCUGGCCCAGGAGUCCCCCGAGGUCCAGGACCUACAGCUGGAACGGGAGAUGGCGCUGGCCACCAACCGGAGCCUGGCCGAGCAGAACCUGGAGUUCCAAGGUCCCUUGGAGAUCAGCCGCUCAAACCUCUCGGACAAGUACCAGGAGCUCCGGAAGCUUGUGGAGCGGUGCCAGGAGCAGAAGGCAAAGCUGGAGAAAUUCUCGUCAGCACUGCAGCCGGGGACCUUGUUAGACCUUCUGCAGAUCGAAAGCAUGAAAAUUGAAGAAGAGUCAGAGGCCAUGGCGGAGAAAUUCCUGGAGGGUGAGGUAUCCUUGGAAACAUUCCUGGAGAACUUCUCCUCCAUGAGGAUGCUGUCCCAUCUGCGCCGGGUCCGCGUGGAGAAGCUGCAGGAUGUGGUGAGGAAGCCCAGAGCUUCCCAGGAGCCAGCUGGUGACGCCCCUCCUCUCCGCCCACCUCUGCCUUCCCGCCCAGUCCCCCAGGCCACGCCCCCUGUGGCCGAAGAGCAGCCACCCCCACUGCAGGCACCCACAGGAGUGCCUCCCUUCCCCUUGCCCUAUAGCCCCUCUCCCGGCUUGCCAGUGGGCCCCACCGCCCAAGGCCCGCUCCAGCCGGCCCCCUUCCCGGGGGUGUCCCCGGCCUCCCUUCCCUACAGUGGGCCCUUGGGCCCCCCAUACCCAUCAGCCCAGCCAGGACCCAGGGCUGCUGCGGGCUACUCCUGGUCCCCACAGAGGAGCCUGCCUCCCCGGCCUGGCUAUUCUGUGCCUCCCUCUGGUGCCUCUGGCCCCGGGUACCCCUUGGCGGGGGGCCGGGCUCCCAGUCCCGGUUAUCCUCAGCAGCACCCCUACCUCUCGACAGGAGGCAAACCUCCUUACCCAACACAGCCCCCGCUCCCAGGCUUCCCAGGCCAGCCCCAGCCCUCAGGCCCCCCUCGGCCUCCCUACCCCCCUGGGCCAGCUCCCCCGUAUGGGUUUCCGUCACCUCAGGGUCCUGUUUGGCCUGGGUAUUAGACAGGGUCCUGGCCCUAGGCCCUUCCCUACUUCCGCCAGUACCACACCUUUGGCCCACCUUCUGCUGAGAUUCGAGGUUAGAUUGGAAGUGGAGUCGGCACUCUCCGUGGACUUGGGGCACCUGGCUGGGAGUCUACAGGCCCUGCUUGUCACGCGCUUACCGGCCUCCAGGAGGAGGACAUGCCUCCUUCCAGUGACUGCCUUAGCCUGUCCAGUGCCAGCCAGGCUGGGAGCACAGCGCCUCUCUGUGGCUGUCUGCACGAGUGAGCUCUGCGUCCGUGACCGGCUGCUGUGUCUGCGCUCCGGGACAUCUGAGCCCAGUGCAGUCCCGUCUCGGUUGCAUGGCAGCUGGCGGGUCCUCCUGCCCCUGCUCACCCCCCUCCCCUGGAUGUGGCGUAUUUGAUGAGGUGCCUGCACCAAGGGACGCAACUUUUUGUGUCUCUGGUCUAUUCGAGGAUGUCCUGCCCAGCGCACCAUGGCCAGGGCGAGAACAGAGGGAAGAUGCUUCAUGACUUUCAGUCACAUAAAAGCCAUAACUGAACUCUGAUGAGCCUGUGUCAGAGAAACGUGCUGUCUGCUGGUUUGAUUAACAGCAUCAGGGCCAGCGCAGUGAGAAGACAGGAUUGUGAAGGUGGACCCCAGACCUGGCUCGCUCUGGUUGGAAAAUCUGGGGGUGGUCACCUCCAACCGUCUGGCUGGAUGGGAGAAGGUAGCUCUGGCCCAGGAGACUGUGGUCACAUCGGGGGUCACUUAGGAGCGGAGUGCCAGGUCGCCUCCCCAGCCGCCCCUCUUCCCUGGGGCCGUCCCGCCGGUCCACUCCGUGAGUGCCUUGAAUCUCCUUUGCAGCAGCCCCUCCCUCAUCCCUUUCCUCCGGCUCCUGGUGUACCCCCCCCCCCCCAACAUCCCUCCUGAGACAGACAUCAGAAGAUGCCCUGACAGUCACCUCCCAGUGGUGCUUCCUAAAACACCGUCAGUGUGUCGGAGUCCAUUUCUUUGCAUCUCUCGUCUUCAGAAUGUAAAGGGCAGGGACGGUGACUCCGAGCCACACACAAGCAGCCCCCAGCACACUGGGGGUUUUGAGCACUUUCAGUGAUAAAAAUGACAACGGACCAAAGGGGGCGUGAGGAACGAAGCAUUAACUUAGCUGUUGCUGAUGUGAACCAGGUCCCAAGGGCAGACCCUGGAGCUGCUACCGGUUAGGGAGUCAUAUGUGCCUUGAAACGUCCACUACACGAGCACCCAGAGUCUGGCGGCCGACAAGGGAACCCGACCUGGUGCCUGCCCCCCGCAGCCUGCGUGCCGCCAGUGGGCGUGCGGACGGGCUCGAUGCGCGCCGUCGGUCCCUUGCCAACUGUGCUUGCUUCUCAUAAGUUAUUUAUAAAGAGAAAUCACCAAUGGA